UCAUACUUAUUUUCAUAAUACCUAUUGGUUAAAGUUAGUACCCUUGGCGCGGAACCCUUUGCAUCAGCAUUGGGCCCUAUAAAAAACGACACCUGCCCCUCUUCCAAAUUCCUUUCGAAGCUAAGCCAGUCGACGAAAGUCUUCUGGUAUUGCCAGAUUGGAACUUUUAAGAGUUCACCUCCUCCAUUCCCUAAAAACUUCCUUCCGAAGCUAAGCCAGUUGACGGAAGUCCUCUGGUAUUGCCCGAUUGUAACUUUUUCGGAAUUUCACCACCUCCCCCGCUUUCGAGCAUUUAAAUUCGGCUGCCUUUUAAGGCCCGACGUUUCUCACAUCACAAUGGCAUCCAAUGCUAUCAGCACUCCUCCGGGAGUGCAAGAUCCUAACGGAUCUCCCGGUGCAGAGCAGGGUGCUGCAACUACUCCCCAAGAAGGGAAGGACCUUGGUGUAAACCAGCAACCACCGGUUGAUGAAACCGAGAGUCUCCUCAUGACCUUUGAUCCAAAGGGCUCAAAGCAAGCCAAAACUGAUGCGUUUGGUAUGCCAAUUUAUCAACUUUGGAAAAUUUUGGAUAAAUGGAAGGUGGAUAGUAAAUUUGGAUCAACUGUAUAUGAAGUGCGAUUUUGGGAAGAUAUUAACGAUAGCAAUGGGAUUUAUCAUGUUGAUGGAAAACAAUUGUGGGAUAAUUAUCAACAAUUGGUAGAGCAAUGGGAAGAUACCUUUGGUGAAUAUUGGCAAGCUAAAUAUGGUAAGAUUGGACAUGUAUGGAAUUCAACAACAGGAAAUGUAAUGAAUCUACCUGGGUCAGCCCUAAAGAGAAGGUUUGAUGAUACACCUAGCAAAUCUCGAUCAACUGGAAAGAAAACAAGAAGUGAAGGUUCUUCCAUAUCGGGUGGGAGUGAUGUAGGUUUAAAUACUCCUAGUGUUAACAUUCCUGAUCCAGAUCAUAGGCAUCGUGGUAAUCAAUAUACUUUAUUACCCCCACCAUUAUUACCAGCAUUUGUUAGAUCUGCGAGAAGACCGACAACUCAACAUAAUAAUGUGGGAUUAUCUAGUGGAUUGUCUAUCAUUGCACGAUCUGCGAGACAUUCAACCUUGGGGUCGCCACCUUUGGUUGGACAAUCUAGGAUAGGUUCUGCUUCGAGACUUUCAUCACACUCCACGAGCUCCGAAACUUCAUCCUUAAUUGGACAACUUGCCCGGGUGGGAUUCUCACACACCCAAUCCACAUCCUCCUCUUUACUUGAUUCCAUGGAUAUUGACAGAGAUGAGAGAACCGCAGAAGUGCAACCGGGGGACUUAAGGUACAACCUUUAUGACUCGGAAUCAGACGAUGAAUAUAAUGAAAAACUUGAUUCAUUCGACAUAGCAGCCUUUGAUGAAACAAUGAAUGCGAUUGCGGAACAAACUGAAGCCAAUUUGAGACCCGAUGAAGAUAUAACAAUGGUUGAUGUCGAUAAUCAAGAUGGAGAACAUGCUAGAAAUCCUGGUAUGAUACUUGGAUCAUUUUCCAAAUUACUUGUUGAAGCACAUUCGGAAGGAUUAAGAGAAUUGGUGGAAGCUGCCUUGGACUUGAAAGGCUUACCCUGCGAUAAAUGGGUAGCUAAAAGAAAGGAAGAUGCAACUUUUGAGGAUAUGAAACUCGAGCUUCACUUUAUGUCAGCUUGCAUCCAUCCUGAAGUUUUGAAGCAUCUCGUACAUGGAGAUUUACCAAAGGCUUUAUUCAGAUCCUUCAAUGGCAUCUAUGAAAGGAUAUAUAUUAUCUUUGAAGGAUGGAAGUAAAAAAGAGAAGCGAAAUUUCAUUCAUCUUCAUUAUUUGGUUAAUGCAGUUGGAAUUUUCCCGACCCCGGAGGAAUUGGAGAAUGUUUUGAAUACUGCUGAUAUUUAUAUUAGGGGGUUUGAGAAACCGAAUGAUCAAGUGUCAUAUCGACUUUCAAACGAAUCAAUGAAGGACUUGGUAAAUACGAAUCCAAACCAGAUGGAAAGAGAAGAUAUAUCAAGGGGCCUACUCAAUUAAAAGUUAUAUCUGAGUGGAUAUCAAUUGUGAGAGGAAGAAUUGCAUAUGAAAGACUUCGAGGUCGAUUUCGGGAGCCAUUAGCUCGUCCUAUUUCCAAAGUUGGAUUUGCAUCAAGUCUUCAACGUUUGGAGCAACAUAAAAAACAUGUCAGUUCUAAUUAUAUUAUGAAUUUGAUUGAAGCUAUCUUUUUACAUGACGGUGACGUUUAUAAGAAUGAACAAUUUGUCAUUUUUAAUUGUAUUGAGCCUUGCCAUGGAACAUUUGGAGAAAUUUUAUGUUCAAGAUAUGCUCAAGCAUAUUCAACACAUGGUGGAGGAUUUGCUCAUUUUGCUGCAGGCGGAGGUGUUAACAAUGCUAAUAAACAUGAUGAAGCACAUUGGUCUAUGGCGAAAGAAGACUUAUCAAAGCCAGAUUGGUUUACACCAACCAUCAAGAAGGAAGUAGCAAAGAUGCGAAAGGAAAUUGAGAUGAUUAGUAGGCUCUUUACUUCUGCUGAGGAACAAGAUAAACAAAUUGAAGAUAUGAGAAUGGCCUUGGAGAAAUUGGAAAAUUUGGAAGAAAAAUUGGAGAUUAGUCAGAAUAAAUUGAUGGCGGUGUCGAAGGAAUAUUGUGAUCUUAUGGAUCCUAUGUUAGAACUCGUAAGAUCAGUAUAGGCUGGAGAGUUUGAUUAUUAGGUUAAUUAAAUAAAGAUUUCCUAUACCUGCCAUGAAGUUCCAUCUCGAUAAAUGAAGCCGUACGUAAAAUAAUACCAUUCAUUUCAU